GAGGAGAGCAGAGAGGAGCGGUGGCCGGAGCGGGGCGCGGUGCGGACCAUGGGCUGGCGGCUGCUGCUGCUGGCCCUGGCGCUGGGCGGCCGCGUGGCCACGGCGCAGAACGACACGGAGCCCAUCGUGCUGGAGGGCAAGUGCCUGGUGGUGUGCGACUCCAACCCGGCUCCCGACGCCAAGGGCUCGUCCUCCUCGCCGCUGGGCAUCUCCGUGCGGGCGGCCAACUCCAAGGUGGCUUUCUCGGCCGUGCGGAGCACCAACCACGAGCCCUCCGAGAUGAGCAACAAGACGCGCAUCAUCUACUUCGACCAGAUCCUUGUAAAUGUGGGCAAUUUUUUCACGUUGGAGUCUGUCUUUGUAUCACCACGGAAAGGAAUUUACAGUUUCAAUUUUCACGUAAUUAAAGUCUACCAGAGUCAAACAAUUCAGGUGAAUUUGAUGCUGAAUGGGAAGCCAGUGAUCUCUGCUUUCGCUGGGGACAAGGACGUCACCCGUGAAGCCGCCACCAACGGGGUCCUGCUGUACCUGGACAAGGAGGACAAGGUUUACCUGAAGCUGGAGAAAGGAAAUCUGGUUGGUGGGUGGCAGUACUCCACAUUCUCUGGCUUCCUGGUCUUCCCCCUGUAA